AUGCAUUUAAUAAAGUUUUUGGAAUUUUAAUAGGUGUAAAGGUAAAACUAAAGUUUACUUAAGAAAAAUAAAUUAAAUUUGAUAGCAACAAUUCUUUUGAUUAUUUUUGCUAUGUUGCUAUACAUAGUAUUUGUAUUUCCCCUUGCUAUUUAAAAAGGCUAUAUUAUUUUAAAUACAAUUUGUGUUGUAUAUGGUUUCACACCAAUCACUACAUUGAUUAUGACAGCAAUUACAGGUUUCUCAUUAAAUUAAUUUAUUAGAGCCAGGAGUAAUAUUAAAAAGACAAAUAAGUGAUAAUUAAUAGCCUGAAAGUAGUUUAACUUAAAGUAAUGAGGAUACAAUUUAAAUUGAAAAUACUACAUAACAAGAUGAUGUACCUAAAAUUUACAGAGAGAGAUUUUGUUCAACAUGUAACAUUUAGAGACCACCUAAAGCAUCUCAUUGUAUAUAUAAUAUAUGAAUAAAAGGUCGUGAAUGUAAUCAUUGUGUAGAUGGGUUUGAUCAUCAUUGUUAUUGGGUUGGUACAUGUAUUGGGAUUAGAAAUUGGAGAUAUUUUGUAUACUUCUUGAUAGCUGCUUUUAGUGCUCCUCUUUUAGCAUUCUUAGUGGGAAUUGUACUUUGUAUUUAUCAUUAUAAAUAACAAAGUUAUAAAUUCUUUUUCUUUAGCAACAACACUAUGGUUUGAAAUGUUCGAUACUCUUGGAAUAUCUGUUCUAAUAUUUUACAUAUUUUAUAUAAUUUGUGGAUUUUGGCAACAUAAAACUAUUUUGAAUGCCUUUACAUUAAUAAUAAUGAUAUUUGGACCUUUGCUUUUUACUUUUUCUAUAUUUCAAAAUCGUACUCAAUAUUAAUAGUAUUAUUAUUAUGAGAACCCUUAUUUUACUCUAUUUGUUUCAUUAGUUAUGUUAAUGAUUUCAUGUAUGUUGUUACCUAUGACAUCUGUAAAUUGCAGUAAUGCUUUAUAAGUAAUACUAAUAUUUUAUUUAAGUUUAAAACAACAAAAUAGAUUCACUCAGAAGAGGAAUUUAGAAGAGAAAAAGGAUAGUUUAGAUUUGGGGACAAUAAGAUUGAAUUUAAUUUAAUGAAGAAAAACCUUAUUUAAUUCAUUACCUAUCAUAUUCCCAAAAGUAGAUAUCAAAAUUUAUGA